AUGGCUGCAGUGCAUGCCCGAUCCAAGUUGAUGGCUCGUGAUCAGUUAUUAAAUUGUCGUUCCUCUUUGACUGACACAGCAUCAUCAUCCUCAAUGGAAAGAAAUGAAGUAGAGCAGCCAAUUUCUUCUAUCAACCUUCCAGUCGGAGUGGAAAUUGGUAUUGGUCUUAUUAUCGGCAUUGUUACUUGCACGUUAGUGCUUGCCAUAUUACUACUUUUCAGCUGUAUCAGAAGAAAUCGAGUUCAUCGUCUUACAGCAAAGGACCCACUAGCACUUUUUGUGAAUGAGGAAGAUAAUCCGCGAGCACUUCGUCUAUCUUCGACGCAAGACUUCGAGAUACAUCAAAAGACCCCUGACGAAGAACGCUCGCACGUUACAUCGCAACAUCGGUGGACCAGCCCCGAUGAUGUUGCACCUAGAUAUGAGUCUCGUGAGCAGCAAGAAAGACAGAGUUUCGAUGAAAUACAACUAGAAAACCGCGAAGAAUCUGUUGACAGGCAAAACAGACAGCAUGCUAAACCAACUUCACAUGUUUACUCAAACGCAGGUGAAGAAACACCCAGCUACUCGUCCCAUCAUGAUUCCUACGGUUCUUGGACAAACUCUCCAUCUAGCAUAUCUCAAGUCCCCAGUUACGAAUCAUCGUACUCUACCCAACAGCAGCAAGAGCGGCCUGUGCAUCCUUCAAACCCAAACUCAAACCCAACAUCUAGUCAGAGUCAUCAUCAUCAACAAGAAGUGUACAUGCCCCGACAAGAAUCAAUCAAAAUCCAACAGCCCGUGCCAUCUUAUAGUCCAUGGCGAAAUCACAGAUUACUGAAUAGAACCUACUCGGCGGGAAGUGUACAACAAAUACCCAGCCGAGACGAAUCGCGAUCUCAGCUGGAGACGAAACGAGAGGUCGCGCACGUCGCAAAUAAAAAAGUCAAGGUAAAGAGAGGAAGUGUUGUAGAAAAGCAUUCUGCAACCAAUCCAGAGCCUCCCAAAACUAGGAAACACCUCAAAGCUGCACUAAAAAGAAAGACUAAAGAUAAAAUCCCGUGCGAAAAUUCCUUCUUAACAAAGACAUCUGCUGAACAUGACUCCACGGUCUUAGCCGCGCCAAAAUCGAAUCAGAAAGCAAGAAAUCAAGACCAAAAUGGAAAGAGAGGUCAGAUACCUCAUCCACUCCAAUCUCAUCCUUACUCCCCAAUAGAAAACAUCGAGAUCUCCAAAUCUUACACCAAGGAAAACCUCUACCUUCACCACCCACCGAGCAUCCUAUGA